CCGAAAGGCACCAUAACAACCGACAGCACUAACUGUUACGACUUGACGCUGUAGCUUUAGCUUACAGACAAGAAACAGCGGCGGUGUCUUUCAAAGAAAUCAUUUCACAAUGUCAGCCAUCGGUCCAGAAGGUUCUGGUGCAGCACCAGGCAACAGGCGCCUGCAGCAGACCCAGGCCCAGGUGGAUGAGGUGGUGGAUAUUAUGCGUGUUAAUGUGGACAAAGUGCUGGAGCGUGACCAGAAGCUGUCUGAACUGGAUGACCGGGCAGACGCACUGCAGGCUGGAGCCUCCCAGUUCGAGACCAGUGCUGCCAAGCUGAAAAGGAAGUACUGGUGGAAGAACUGCAAGAUGUGGGCCAUCCUGAUAGCUGUCAUAGUGAUCAUCAUCAUCAUCAUUAUUAUUUGGAGUUAUUCGUAAAACAGCAGCAAGAGGAGGAGGAGGAGGAGUGGAGGAAACAGUGAAGAGGAGGAGAGGAGCAACGUGCACAAUUAAUGUCUCAGAGGAAGAUGUCACAUGAUUACUGGCUACUGAGCUCCACAAUAUUUUUCCCCUUUUGCAUUGGGGGUCUUCAUUCCUUGUCCUGGUUUGCGGUGUGUGUGCGUGUUUGCACAUAUGCUUGAGUAAAAGAUUGUUAUAAUACCAGAGUUUUACCUGCAUAACUACUCCAUACCAUACAUUACUACACAUGUAUUUGAGUGCCAUACCAAUUGCCAAAGAAAACAGAAACCAUACAGUACAUACAGAAACGAGUUGAUCAUUAAAAUCAAAAUCAACUAAAACCUAUAGAAACUAUUAAUACAUCAGCUUCGACUGUAUGACAAAGCACACACACACACACACACACACACACACACACACUCACUCCAACCUCAGGAUUAGAAUUGAAGAAUAUUGUUGUAAACUCUCCUCAACUUAUAUUUACUUUUUUUUAUGUUUUAUUCAUAGCCAUUGAUUUUGUGUGCCAGGCAAAGAGAAGUGCCUUUGAAGAUAUGCUGUUCUGUGUUAGUUUAGAUUGUAACAGUAACCCUGCAUAUCAUUGAGAGAUACGCCUUUCCAACAUUUCUACUUUUCAGACUCUACCGCCAAUAUUUAGAAUUUUCUCCUCAUUUUAAAAAAAAAAAACAUUCCUGGUCUGUAAUGUUAUGGUUACAGUUGAGCAGGGAAUGAUGAGAUCCAAUGCCUUAUUUUAUUUGUGCACAUUAAGUUCUCUGCGUAAGACCUGUGAUUUUGGAUUGAAUAAAGAGGAAUUUCAUUGGUCACCAGACAACAAAAAGCUAACCAGUAACACACUGUUGAACCACCUGAUGAUACUGUGCCUGUCCUUGUUCAUCUUCCCUUUAGAUGCGACUUGGUUACAGUAAAAACUAGUGUGAGCUUGUGUUUAGAUAAGUGCCUAUAUGCUACGACCAACAGCCUCACAGCUAGCCAAGACUAGAAAUAGCUACAAAGUAAUGGAAAAAAAGUGCUACACUGGGUUAGAAAUGGUGAAUUGUCUCAAAGAUGUGCCAGAAAGUUUGCUUUUGUGAAACAUUCAAAUACAACAAAGUAAGAAAGUAGUAGCAGACAGAUGCCUUAAUAGGUUUCUCCAAUGGAGAACAGCCAAACAUACAGCCACACCUUGAUAUACCAGCCAGUAAAAGAGUUGUGCCUUCUGAAUGCUCUCAAACAAAUACUGUGCUCCUUUGCUGAUUCAGCUGAGCUUAUUAGUCUUUAAUGAAGUCUUCUUUUUGUCACACUGGCAUUUAUCCCAUCUGAUCAAUGCAAAGUACUUCUUGUGUGAUAUUUUACUUAUUCUUCUAACAAUAGCUUUCUUUUGCAAUCUAUUAUGUAGAACUAACCUUAAGGAAACUGUAUAGUAUCUUGUGUUGAGGUGCUCGCUGCUGCGGAGCAUUGUGUGUUUGAGUUAAGAGAAAAACUUUGUUGGGCAAUGUCAGUGUGAUAUAUCCCAUACCAACACUGGAUGAUUGUUGCUUCCAUCCUAUUAAAAUAAAUGGAUUUUAAUGAGACAAACAAUUGGGGAUUACUUUCUACAUUCAUUUAGCUCCAUGUUUAAUUUGAUUGCUGCAAGUAGAACUCUUGAUCUCAUUUUUUUUGGUAGUUUAAGCAGUUAUUUGGCCUUCACAGUACAUGCAAUAUACUGUGGUCAUUGAAAUUAACACUAACAGUCUGUGCUCUUUAGACGAUUUGUAAUGUAUAGCCAAACUGUACCCAGUAAGGAAAUUGUGUAAUAUAUUCAAAGACCUGAAAAUGCUUUUAGAGACCAGACUUAUCACAGAUGCAUGGAAUUGUCAUCAUCCUCCCGUCUACACCAGAAAUUUGAGACUCUUAGCUUUCAAACCUUGCUCAUGUCUGCCUACUGGGAAUGCAUUUGGAAAUAAGUGCAAUUCUACUCUUUAACCCUAAAUGCCUUUUGCUUGAAUAAAACUGAUUUAACUUAAA